GCUCCUCCCCCUGUGUUCAGGGACUUCCUCCCUCGCGGAUCAGGAAUCGUGACGCGGCGCCCGCUGGUGCUCCAGCUCAUCAACUGUCCAACAGAAUAUGCAGAGUUCCUCCACUGUAAGGGGAAGAAGUUCAUCGACUUCGAUGAAGUUCGUCAGGAGAUUGAGGCGGAGACGGACCGAGUGACGGGACACAACAAGGGAAUCAGUCCGGUGCCCAUUAACCUGAGGGUAUACUCCCCCAAUGUGCUGAACCUGACGCUGGUGGAUCUCCCCGGCAUGACUAAGGUCCCUGUCGGCGACCAGCCGGCCGACAUCGAGCAUCAGAUCAGAGACAUGCUCAUGCAGUUCGUCACCAAGGACAACUGUCUCCUGCUGGCCGUGUCCCCCGCCAACUCCGACCUCGCCAACUCAGACGCCCUGAAGAUCGCCAAGGAGGUCGACCCUCAAGGUCUGAGGACCAUUGGCGUCAUCACCAAGCUGGACCUGAUGGACGAAGGGACGGACGCCAGGGACAUCCUGGAGAACAAGCUGCUGCCGCUGCGCAGAGGUUACAUCGGGGUGGUGAACCGCAGUCAGAAGGACAUCGAUGGGAAGAAGGACAUCACCGCUGCUCUGCAGGCCGAGAGGAAGUUCUUCCUGUCCCAUCCAUCUUACCGUCACCUGGCCGACCGGAUGGGCACCGCCUACCUGCAGAAGGUCCUCAACCAGCAACUGACCAACCACAUCCGGGACACGUUACCAGGGUUACGGAGCAAGCUGCAGAGCCAGCUGCUGUCCAUCGAGAAGGAGGUGGAGGAGUACAAGAACUUCAGGCCCGAUGACCCGAGCCGCAAGACCAAGGCCCUGCUCCAAAUGGUGCAGCAGUUCGCGGUGGACUUUGAGAAACGGAUCGAAGGUUCUGGAGAUCAGGUGGAAACUUACGAGCUUUCAGGAGGAGCCAAGAUCAACCGCGUCUUCCACGAGCGCUUCCCCUUUGAACUGGUCAAGCUGGAGGGCGAUGAGAAAACUCUACGUAAGGAGAUCAGCUACGCCAUCAAGAACAUCCACGGGAUCAGGACGGGUCUGUUCACGCCGGACAUGGCCUUCGAGACCAUCGUCAAGCGGCAGAUCGCCCAGAUCAAAGAACCCUGCCAGAAGUGUGUUGACCUGGUGAUCAGCGAGCUGGUCAACACCGUGAGGCAGUGCACCAGCAAGCUGGCGCAGUAUCCAAUGCUCCGAGAGGAAAUGGAAAGAAUCGUCACUCAGCACAUCAGAGACAGAGAGAGUCGCACCAAAGACCAGGUGAUUCUGCUGAUCGACAUCGAGCUUGCCUACGUUAAUACCAACCAUGAGGAUUUUAUCGGCUUCGCAAACGCACAGCAGAAGAGCAGCCAGAUAAACAAGAAAAAGGCUGCAGGGAACCAGGAUGAGAUCAUGGUGAUCCGGAAGGGCUGGCUCACCAUCAACAACAUCGGCAUCAUGAAGGGCGGAGCCAAGGAGUACUGGUUUGUCCUGACGGCGGAGGCCCUGUCCUGGUACAAAGACAACGAGGAGAAGGAGAAGAAGUACAUGCUGCCGGUGGACAACCUGAAGCUGAAGGACAUCGAGAAGAGCUUCAUGUCCAGCAAGCACGUCUUCGCCCUGUUCAACACCGAGCACAGGAACGUAUACAAGGACUACCGGCAGCUGGAGCUGGCUAGCGAGUCCCAGGAGGAGGUGGACAGCUGGAAGGCGUCUUUCCUACGCGCCGGGGUGUACCCUGAACGCAGCGUGGAUAAGGACAAGGUGGAGGCAGAGGAGUCCAGUUCUGACGGACAGAUCCACAGCAUGGACCCUCAGCUGGAGAGACAGGUGGAGAUCGUCCGCAAUCUGGUGGACUCGUACCUGUCCAUCAUCCACCGGACCGUCAGGGACCUGAUCCCCAAGACCAUCAUGCACCUGAUGGUCAACAACACCAAGGAGUUCAUCCACUCUGACCUGCUGGCUCACCUGUACUCCUGCGGAGACCAGAACAGCCUGAUGGAGGAGUCGCAGGAGCAGGCCCAGCACCGGGACGAGAUGCUCCGAAUGUACUUUGCUCUGAAAGAAGCUCUGAACAUCAUCGGGGACAUCAGCACGUCCACC